AUGGCUAAAAACGUUUGUUUGUUUCUUGUUAUAAUCUUAGCAAUCUCUUUUCCAUGUUUUCAAACAACCGUGUCCAUGUUACCCCAGUGGUCUGUACUAAGCCGUCUGUCUGGAGGGGCAUCUCGUCAACUCGUGGAUGACACGAUUGAUAUGAGGGAAGAAAUGAUGAUGGAGUCAGAAAGUGCUCGUAGAAUCCUGGCCGGAAGGGGAUAUAUAAGCUAUGGUGCAAUGCAUAAGAAUAAUGUGCCGUGUAACCAACGAGGUCAAUCGUAUUACGAUUGUAACAGUAGAGGUGAGGCUAACCCGUAUAAUCGAGGGUGUAAUGUUAUUACUAGGUGUGGUGGUCGCUAA